AUGUGGGAUGUGUACACGCCACAGCAAGUGGAAUCUGCUUGGUACGCCUCUUCUGAGGCGUUGGGAUCCAAGUGGGGAAAGGGGAUUUCCCCCGUAGUCUCUAAUGGCCCCUCACGAACUCCUCCUGUCUCUGAGGGCUGUGACGCCGGGGGGCUGGACAGGAAGAGACAAUUGGAGACGGACGGGCAGGAGCAGAUCCUGCUGCUGCGCCACGUUUGGGAACAGCAAGGACAGCUUUCACCUUUUCAGGCGGCGGACUUGGCUUAUUUUAUAGCCCGUAGAAAGAACCCUCCAGAGCGACUGCUGCACCAGCUCGUUUCUCAUGUGCUCCACAGCCAUCCAGAAAGACGCCUCUCUGUCCUUAGGAUACACAGGAAAGUUGUCACGUCCCGUCUUAGCUUUCUCGUGCCUGCGGCACCUGCCUUCCGCCUCGUGCCAGGUGUGGCCGAGAGGGAUGUACUGGGCCCGCUGUGUGGAGCCCUGCAGCGCCGGGCGUCUCUGCUCAAUCCGGCGGACCUGCAGCUCCUGCUCUCCGAUUUCUCGGCUAUCUACACACCGCAGUUCUUGCCCUUCUUCUGUGCUGCAGCGCGAGUCCUGAAACAGUGCAGAGGGGGUCCGCUCGAGAGCCCGGCUCCUGCGGAGGGGCCAGCAGCUCUACGGGUGCACGAGGCUGUCGAAGCAGCAACCAGCGGCAGCAGUAGCAGCGCCAGCAGCGCCAGCAGCGCCAGCAGCAACAGUAGCAGCUUCCGCAGGAUAAAAGCAUUCGAUUGCAGGGAAGAAGGGCUGUCCCCUGUCCAGGCGUGUUUCCUUCUUCAUGCCCUGGGGCGAACGGACUUCCGAGAUUCGGCCCUUUUCUCGAUGCUUGUAGAAACGGUUGAUGGCGCUGUUUCGCAGCUGCUCGUCUAUGGACAUCAGCAAGAGAGACGAAGGCAGAGACUCGACACCAGCGUAUGGAUGUCUCAUGAGGAGCUGCUGCUGAAGGAAGACCCUGAAGCUUUCCCUGGGGCCGCAGGCGAGCCGCCUCGGUGCGGGGGCUUAUGGCAGGCCGCGGCGGAACUGACGGGGGAGGCGCUGGUUAUGUGCGCAAAGGGUUUGGCGAACCUCAACUACAAACCGACAAGCGCGCAACUCCGUCGCCUUGUAGAGGUGCUGGUGCCUUAUCUGCUUUGUGAAGAGCCUUCAGUGCUUGGCCAUGCACCUUCGGCGCGUCGGCUACCCCUGGUCUUCGGAGCUGUAUCCGGUCUGACGCGGCUUGGGGCAGGGCCUGAAGGCCUGCGGAGGCUGAUAGAGGAGGUCUGUUCCCAACCUCUGAAGGCCAUGGGCCCCUACGAGCCGUGCGACCUUCUCGCUGCUGCUGCAGCAUUGGAACCGGUGGCCGCGCUUCCGCCUGAUGUCGCAGCAGCUGCUAUCAGGACCCUUGAGGCCAACUUGUUGCAGGGGAUGUCUCCCGCUGAAGCAGCCAGAACGCUUUCAGAGCUUGCAUCGGCAGCGCCCAAAUCAUCAGCAGCAGCUACAACAGCCGCCACAGCUGGGGUUGCGAGCUCGGCCGUGUGUGAUGUUGCUGGCGUAGGGGGAGAUGCAAUGGAGACCUUUAGGGCUAGGACAGUUAGUGAAGACGACCCCUGGGCAUCUGUUGAAGAUGCGCGUCUCAGUCCCUGCUCUCCUUUUCGGUCAGCUGCCAACUGUUACCUUCUUACGGUUGCUGUUGGCCUAGCGAGAAUCCGUCCCUUCCUCUUUGCUCUGCAUCCCGCUUUUCGUGUUUCUACUCUGAAUAUCUUGGCUUCACUGGAGGCCCUUGUAACCCCAGCCCACAGGCCUCCGAGCAAAAUGGCCUCUGUUCGGCAACAGCAGCAGCAACAGCAGGAGCAACAGAACCAGCAGCAGCAGCGGCAGCAACCUAAGCCACUGGUAAACUAUAGCAUUGCCCAGCAAGCUGCUUCGGGUGGCAUGGGCACUAGCGACGAUGCAGUGGGAACGCCGAGACAACAGGCGCCACACUGCAAUGGCAAACAGGCCCAGCACGUGAGUACGAAGCGAGGUCUCUCGGCAGAGUCUGGAGGGCGUGGGAGGCCUCCGUUGCACCCCGUCCUACGGCAUUUAAUCUUGUCGCUGUUCUACCGCCUGCCAUGCUUAUCGCUGCGGCUGCUGGUUGAGUUCAUGGAUGCUCUACGGGUUUGCGAUUUCGCUCAAAGGGAACAGACUGAGGGGCUGUUCCCUCACGGCAAGAACAGUAGAUGGCACAGGCGCAGUGUGCAGCUGGCCCUUAUCCACGAUGAAUGA